CCCCUGCCCCCCUGCCCUUUUUCUCUCCCACUCUGCAAUUAUGUAGGUGAUGUUGCUGCUCUUGGUUGGUGGGAUCUAUUUAUCAGCUAUGGUGUUGCAGAGUGCUUUGCCUUUCUUAUUUGCACAAAGUGGUAUAACCCUGCAAUUCAUAGGCGUUCUCAUCUUACUAGAGCCGGUUCAUCUUCAACAAGUAUGAGAUAUCUUAGCUCAAGUAGCAGUAUGAUGGCAUUUUCAGAUGAUGAUCAACAGAAUAGAGUAUGUAGUUUGCAAGACAUUGGUGGGCAUGUGAUGAAAAUACCCUUAAUUGUUUUUCAGUUGAUGCUAUUCAUGCACUUAGAGGGAAAGCCACCUGGUGCUAAACAUAUUCCAAUUCCAGUUUUGUUUUCUCCUCUUCUCCUGCUGCAAGGAGCUGGAUUUUUGUUUGCUAUUUUUAGGUUUUUGGAAAAAAUUGUGCUUCUUCUGCACCAUGAAGGUGAUACAGGAAGCCGUUUUAUAAUAUCACAAAGCACCCGUGAUUAUUUUGAUUUUUUGCAUCAUGGAUCAAGAUUCCUUGGUUGGUGGUCAAUUGACGAAGCAAGUCGAGAGGAGCAAGCUCAGUUAUAUUGUGCCGGGGAAUCUGGGUUAGUUUUCUAAAUUCAUGAUUAGAGACAUUCUCUUCAGUAAUAUCAGUGCAUAAGAUGACUCCAUUAGUAUGUACUGUUCAUGGAAACUCCAAAAUUUCUGGCGGUGGUAAUACAUCUUGUGAUGUGGUAAAUUUAUUGACAAAAUUGAUGAUAUGCUAAAAUCAUCUCUAAGGCAAGUAAAACUUCAAUUCUUUACUUCUCCAGAAAGUAGAGGACAAAGGAAAUUACAUUUGUCAGAUGGCCUUAAAUUUUUUUUUCAGAAUAACAUUAUACUCUUGUUUCGGAAUCAAAUGCAUUGUCGAUGUACAAAUGCUGGGUGCACCUACUGAUGUUGGACUCUGGAAAAGAAUAUGAACUAAUUGCUGUAUUUUUCAGCUUUUAGUGGCUAUAAAAAGUUAACAAAACUCUCUAUUUGCAGAAGGAAAUCAGGGUUUCUGACUUUAGAGUCGAGGUCAUUCCACAAAACCCAAAAUGAUUUUUCUUAAAUUUCAACUUUAAUCCUCAAUUUCAUGAUGAUCAUGACAAGUCUUAUCAUUCUCAAGUGCUAGCUGAAGAUAGAAUUCAUCUUGAACUUGAUGUAUAACUUAAACAUCAUUUCUGUCAUCAUUCUUAUAAACUCUUCCUUUAUAAUAUAGAGGAUGGACCAAACAUGUUUUAGAUAUGACCUAGGCCCUUGUUUGGUACAGAUUCUUUAAAAUUCGUUUUUCUCCAAACUCAUUUUCAACCACACAUUUUUCCACGUG